UUGGGUUCCAUCGUUAUGUGAUUGAGAACUUAGAUAGCAACUCUUUGGAAGAGCUGCAGGAGCGUGAGGUGGAGGAGUUUGACUCUCCUGCAGAGGUGCGCGCUCUAAUCGAAGGGCAGUUCCUCUCAAUGCGAGGUCAUGCCGAGAGGUUCGGCAUGCCGAGCCCUCCGAGGCGCAUAAUAGCGACCGGAGGGGCAUCUUCCAAUGAGAGCAUUCUUGCAGCCAUAGCAGCCAUUUUUGGAUGCCCUGUAUACACAGUUCAAAGGCCUGAUUCUGCUUCUUUGGGAGCGGCUUUGAGGGCAGCCCAUGGCUGGAUUUGCAACAGAGAAGGGGAUUUCGUGCCCAUAUCACAGCUGUAUGAGGGUAAGCUGGACAGAACAUCUCUUGCUGCUAAGCUCGCGAGGCCGGCCGGAGAGAAGAAGCUGUUUGCUAGGUACAGCCUGCUCAUGAAGAUGAGGAUGCAGAUAGAAAAGAAUCUUGUGCACAGGUUGGGUCGCACCAAGGACUGAAAUAUAUAUUUAUAUAUUUUUAUAUGUACGCUGAGCGCGCAAAAUGAACUUUAAUUUAUGGAUGAAUAAGUGAGUUAUUCAAAGACCCGUUUUUAAUAUCC